GGCCCUGUUUUCAUACAGCGAGUUGACUUUCAGUAGCUGAAGGGGAAGAGUUCCCCCGCUCUUCGCUGCAGUUUUUGGACACACCGGGUGUCGGUAAUCCGUACAGCCAUGAAUUUCGUCAGAUCUCGCCUAUUUACGGGCAACUUUUUCGGUCAGAGGGUACGAGGGAUGUGCAAUAAACUUCCAGAGGUCAAGCCACAGUCCUCCCCAGCAGAAGCACAAGAACCGCAAGCUUCAUUCAAACCCCCCGGCUACAGCCCCUCCAACUUGGACAGGAAGAUGUUAGUGUGGACAGGCCGCUUCAAGUCCAUGGAACAGAUCCCAGAGACUGUGACGUUUGAGACGAUUGACAAAGCCAGGAACAAAAUCAGAGUGAAAGCUGCCUACGUGAUGAUGGCGUUGACAAUAGGAUCCUGUGUGUUGAUGGUGAUUAUGGGCAAAAAGGCUGCUGGCAGACAUGAGUCCCUGUCUAUAUACAACUAUGAGAAGAAAGCCAAAUGGAAGGAGGACAUUGAGAAGAAGACUGAGUGACAGAGGACAGUUCUGCUUAUUAGUCAUAAUACAGUUGCAACCAGAUAUUUGCAUACACAAUAAAAAAAAAUGCUCAACUUUU